CACCUCAGUUCAUCACGAGCAGACAUUGGUGGUGUUAGGGCCGCGAAGAUCUAUGGGUCCUCAUGAGCCCUGGGUUAGGCCUGUGUAGGUAUCACAGGCGUGGCAGCUGGCCGGUCUUCCUCAUGAAGGCACAGGGUACACUGUUCGGACAGCCGUGGCUGGAGAGAAGAGACGGACUUUUUCUCUUACGGUUGUUGGUGGGUCAGGGAACCCCGGACCUGCCCCGCUCCUCGGCUCUAAGGCUUUUCAUCACUAGUUGGCUUCUGUUUGGCAUCGUUAUCACCGUUGGUUACACCAGCAACCUUACGGCGCUCCUCACCAGCCCAGCAUACCAGCCUCGCAUCCACAAUCUUUUCCAGCUGACGGAGAGUGAUUUAAGAAUAGCAAUCCUUGACACUGGCAAUAUCCUGCACACAAAGCUGAAAAAUUCACAAGAUACUCUAGUAAAAAAAAUUAAAGAUAAAAUGGACCUGGUGCCUGAUACGGAGGGAAUGGUGACACUCCUGCAAGGCGGCACUCACGGCAUGAUAGCAGGCGACAGGUUCGGCCAGUCACUUCUGUACCAUGUGUUCCAGGUACACAACUGGUACAUGGUGGAGGAGGGGCUGUUCCCGUCCUAUGCUGUGUGGUACUUCCCGCAACACACUCCAUGGAGGGCCAGUUUCAGCAGAGGCAUCAGACACCUGCAGGCUGCUGGGAUGCUACAGUACUGGCAGAAGGAAGAAAUGCACACAAGAGGUGGCAGUGCUAUGGAGUCCAGCAGACCCUUCCUUCCACUCUCACUGCAUCACCUUCAAGGCGCCUUCUUCUUCAUAGUCCUUGGAUGGAUAACUGGCGGGAUUGUGCUUCUACUGGAAAUGCUGUGCCACCAAUGUUCAGUGACUGGUCUUGUGUAGAGGAGCAGCACAGCAUGGAAGGUCCAAAUACCUUUUGUUGGCCACCUCUCCAUCAUGUAUAGCACAAGAACAGGCUGUGUAAAACUAGGGUUUGGAAGGUUUAUGUCAACAGAGAGAUGCAGAGUAGUUUCACUGUGAAGGCAGAGGCAGAAGCAGAUCUAAGAUUUGCCAUUGGUGUGGGGUGAGUGUUAUGAUGCAGGAGGAAGGGUGGGGUGUCCAUGGGGAGAUCUUCCAUGUGUAUUAUGAUGAUAGCAAGGCAUGACAAUAUGUAAUCCUGGAAGCAGUACAUAACUAUCUUAUGUAAUGAAUAUG